UUUUGUUAGCUACGGCUAUGUGGCGUCCAACGGGGCUGCCCUUUGUUGAGGGCAUGAGAGGAGGGACGAAGUGGUGUCUGUGCGACUCCCGCCCGCGCGGACCCCGGCCCUGAGCAGGGCUGUGCCCGCCGUUACUCAACGCCGGGAGCCAGGCGCUGGGCCCGGCGGGUCGCUACCCAAACAGCCGGUGCUGCCCGGGGCAGCCCACGGCCUCCUCGCGAGGCUACGCUGCCGUGACCGGCGGAGGACCCUAUCCAGGAUUACAGGCAUCGACCACCGCUUUUGUCAUGACACCGCGGGCUCCCACACCCCCAGGUCCCUCCAUGGAAGUAGAUCCGGCAGCAGCAGUGCGGCAUGAUAAGUAGUUCCGUGCUGACGGCGGUGCUACGAGUGGGGAGUGUGUUUUCGCAAUUCGGAGGGAUCUGUGGAAAGAGUGGGGUUCCUGUGGGUCGUCCCAGCGGCGGGAGUGGUGUCUGGUGUGUCUGCUAUGUUCAAAAACACGUUCCAGAGCGGUUUUCUCUCGGUGCUGUACAGCAUCGGAAGCAAGCCGCUACAGAUCUGGGAUAAGAAGGUGCGUAAUGGCCACAUCAAGCAAAUCACUGGCAAUGACAUUCAGUCCCUGGUGCUGGAGAUUGAAGGAACUAAUGUCAGUACCACAUACAUCACGUGCCCUGUGGACCCAAAGAAGAUCCUCGGUAUCAAGCUACCUUUCCUAGUGAUGAUCAUCAAGAACCUGAAGAAAUACUUCACGUUUGAAGUGCAGGUGCUGGAUGAUAAGUGCAUUUGCCGGCGUUUCUGAGCAAGUAACUACCAGAGCAUGACCCGGGUGAAGCCUUUCAUCUGCACCAUGCCUAUGCGGCUGGACGAUGGCUGGAACCAAAUCCAGUUCAACCUGUUGGACUUCACACGCCGGGCCUAUGGGACAAACUACAUUGAGACCCUGAGAGUUCAGAUCCAUGCCAACUGUUGCAUCCGACGGGUGUAUUUCUCUGACCGGCUCUACUCGGAGGAUGAGCUCCCAGCUGAGUUCAAGCUGUAUCUGCCAGUCCAGAAUAAGGUAUCAACAGGGAGAUUUGGCAAAGCAGCAGAACAGGAGUAGAAGUCUUUUUCCCGUGCUGAAGCUGCCCUUCCUUGCCUCAAACCAAUCCGCCUUUGUUGGGGAAAGGCUUGCAGAGGGGAGACUGCAGACCUCCACCAGUACUGGAGAGUCUGCGGGCAGCCGAUGCCUUUCCUCCCUGGAUCAGGCUCCCACAGCUACUCUGGUGGGUAGGUACCUAAGCCAGGUCCUGAUCCUUCCCUGAUGCUGGCCUGUGCAGUGAAUUGGGAAGACUUCA